UUAAGAACCCCAACCCCACAUACCAAAACGGUGUCGUUGGGCUCAGCAUCACGUUACAUAAAAGCUACUUUACUAGUUUAACUAGACAAUAAAACAAAACAAAACUCUCUCACUCCCUCACAUGGCUCCUCUCUUAAACCGCGUUAGAUCGGCUUCGGUCUUCAUGUUCACUGUAACAUUCCUCUUCAUCUUCGCCGAAGGCUUACGACCUUCUGAUCAUGGCCUACAGUAUCAAUCCAGCUCACCACCGACUGAAUCUCACUCACCUCCCAGUAAAAUGAUGUCUUUCUUCGGAGAUUCUCAUUCUUCUCCUCCUCCUUCUCAGCUCCUUCCCAAAGCUACGGAUACAAACGGCGGAGACGACGACACGUGGUGGCGUGACGGAGCUGCGAACAGACGCGAGCACGUGAUGAGGCACGUGUUUCUUGCGGCGAGUAUCAUCUGCGGCGUCUCCGGCGUUGCGCUUCUUGUGGUUUUCACUUUGGUUUAUUUCUUUAGGUAUCGGAAUCAAAAUCCAUCGAACUUGCCCUGUAACGAUUUAAAGUAGAUACUAUUCGAUUUCUGUAUACAUGGAUUGUUUCUAUUAUUUUUUAUUUAAAAAAAUAGAUAUAGAGCAUUUUGCUUUA